UUUGUGAAAAAAAAGAAAGAGAAUCAAUCAAAGCUUGUUUUGUUUUGUUGGUCUUAGAUCUUCAUUGGGCCUUUUGUAUCAUGUCCAGGCCCGGCUGAUCGAAUUAAAAAAGAAAAAGUAAAAAAGGAAAGAAAGAAGCAAAGCUGCGAAUGAAAGGCAUAUAUCUCUUGGCGCCAAAACACCGAGAAAUCCGUACUUCCCAUUUCGAAAGGCACAUUCCCUCUCUCGUAUUCAAUAAUCGCACCUUCAUAUCAUUUCUAGGGAUCUUCCAAAUCCCAAAUCCCAAAUCCCAAAUCCACAGCCAGAAACACACACUCACACAAAACAGAGAGACCCAAAAACGAAACCAGAAACGCUCCUUUUCGUAACGCCUGCACAUUUUCUCUCUUCUUCUCUCUUCUCUCUCGCUCAAGACUCUAGGGUUUUGCUGUUUCCCUUUCUCCACCUCUCCCAACUGCUGCUGCUACCUACUCCUCCAGAACGACGACGUUUCAUCCCCGCUCGCGAUGACCACAAAGCCCUCGUCCCUCUCUCCCUCUCGCACAACCUGCGCUUCUCUCCUCCGCGAAUUGCAGUUAAUUUGGGAUGAAAUUGGGGAGGGUGACAGCGAGAGAGACAAGAUGCUUCUACAGCUUGAGCAAGAAUGUCUCGAUAUCUACAGAAAGAAGGUGGAAAUGACGAGAAAGUACAGGGCCGAUUUGCACCAAUCCUUGGCAGAUGGCCAAGCCCAAAUUACCGCUAUCGCUUCGGCGCUUGGGGAAGCGGCUUCCUACUCACGUGAAAGAGGGACUCUCAAGGACCAAUUAUCUGCCGUAAAACCCAUUUUGGACGACUUGAGCUUGAAGAAGGAGAAAAGGGUGAAGGAUUUUUCGGCAGUUCAGUCGCAGAUUGUAAGGAUUUCGGCUGAAAUAGCCGGGAAUGGUGUUUCUAAGAAUGUUGGUGAUCCGGGAGUCAAUGAGCGUGAUUUGAGUGUGAGAAGGUUGGGGGAGCUUCAGUCACACCUUGAGGAGCUUCACAAAGAGAAGGUCUUACGUUUGCAGAAAGUCAACACUCAUGUCAACACCAUCCAUGAACUUUCAGUUGUAAUGUCAAUUGAUUUCUCUAAGACAGUCAAUGAAGUCCACCCAAGCUUGAGUGAUCACUCGUCGGCUCAUUCCAAGAGCAUCAGCAAUGACACACUUGCCAGAUUGACGGCUUUGACUAACUCACUAAAGCAAGAGAAACAGCAAAGACUGCAAAAGCUACAAGAUCCUGGCAGCAAACUGAUUGAACUCUGGAAUCUCAUGGAGACACCAAUUGAUGAACAGAAAAUAUUUGACCAUGUUACUAUGUUAAUUUCUUCCUCAGUUAAUGACGUGUCAAGGCAAGGAUGCCUUUCUCUAGAUGUAAUUGAACAGGCUGAGGUUGAAGUUGAGAGAUUGAAUAUUUUGAAAGCCAGCAAGAUGAAGGAGUUGGUGUUUAAGAGGCAAAAUGAGCUGGAAGAAAUUUACAGAGGGGUCCACAUGGAUGUAGAUAGUGAUGCAGCUAGACAGAUUCUCAGCAGCCUCAUAGAUUCUGGUAAUGUCAAUUUGUCUGAUCUGCUUUCAAGCAUGGAUGAUCAGAUUAUAAAGGCCAAAGAGCAAGCUCUAAGCAGGAAGGAUAUUUUGGACAAGGUAGAGAAGUGCAUAUUUGCAUUUGAGGAGGAAAAGUGGCUUGAUGAAUAUGAAAAGGAUGAAAAUCGCUACAGUGCAGGAAGAGGAGCACACAAAAAUUUGAAGCGUGCUGAGAAAGCUCGGAUUCUGUCCGGAAAAAUACCAUCUAUUGUCGAAACUUUGACUGCCAAAGUUAAAGCCUGGGAGAUCGAGAAAGAAAUCCCUUUCUUAUAUGACAAGGUUCCUCUGAAACAUACCUUGGAGGAGUACACUGCACAACGACAGGAGAGAGAAGAGGAGAAGCGUAAAUCUCGGGAGCAAAAACGGCUUCAAGAGCAACAUAAUGCAGAACAGGAGGCACUCUUUGGUUCAAGGCCUUCUACAAAGAAGCCACUGGGACAGAGCACCAAUGCUAACACCAUGGUCGGCACACCAAUUAGUCGCCGGACACCCUUGGGACGUCACGGAGUCUCAGCUGGGAAGGAACGCAGAGAAAGUGGAAGGGUCCAUAACCUAACCCCUGUUAACUACGUUGCUCUGCCAAAGGAUGAUUCAGUUUCUCGGAGAAAUUGAGGGUCAUCUGUUGCCUUGAAAUAGGUUGUAAAUGAAUGCAUAUUUUUAAUUUUUAAUUUUUCGUUCAAUGCAUGUCUACAUUAUCACAUGUUCAGAUAUUCUACUUGAAACAAUAGAGUAAGGAUAGUUUGGAGCAACCUGAUUUCAGCAUGUAAAUGAUUUGGUGGUGAAAGUUCAAAUCAACUUAGUCAUCUUCAA